AUGUGCCGACAACUUGCACCCACCACUUUGAAUUCGGUCAAAUCUCCAAGAACUGACGACUUCACUUUACCCCUUGCUCCGUCGCCUACUCGUGUCACGAAAACAACUGUUUGUGACACUGGCGCCGUCUCUCCGCCUCAUGCGACACUCGAGGAGUUAUCGAGAGAUCAUGAUUCACCUGAAAAUCCAUCGCCAUCACGCGAAACUGAGGUCGCUAAACAACAAAAUGCAAAUUCCACGAAGGUAAUAGGUGAAAAAAUAAAUAAAGGAAAAACAAAGAUGGGGGGGGGGGGGGGGGGGGGGGGGGGGGGGGGGGUGGGGGGGGGGGGGGGGGGGGGGGGGGGGGGGGGGGGGGGGGGGGGGGGGGGGGGGUGGGGGGGGGGGGGGGGGGUGGGGGUGGGGGGGGGGGGGGGGGGGGGGGGGGGGGGGGGGGGGGGGGGGGGGGGGGGGGGGGGGGGGGGGGGGGGGGGGGGGGGGGGGGGGGGGGGUGGAUGA